AUGCACCCCGAGUCGCUUCCUACAAAGUGUUCUGCAAAACGGGGUGGGUCGGUAUGUCUGUCAACUGAAGCGCAUCUCCCUCAUCUUCUCCAAGAAUGGAUAGAGCUCUCUGGGGGCCAGGUAAGUCUCAUAAAGCUAGCAAAGCCAAUGUGGUUAUUAUCUAGGUAGUAGCCACUGUAAUGUGUUUGAUUCAUUAAAAUAACGUUAAAUAACUUACUAAUGGUGAAUAGACAGACUAUGACACCCCCUGCAACGCAGCAACUGAUGAUUCAUCAACAAAUACUUUCUUAGGGAGUUCAUCGAAGAAGGAGUGGUGGAUUUUGCCAAAAAUAAUCCUGGAACCGUAGUCUACGUGUCUUCUCAGUUCUGCAGGAUUCCUACGAUAGUUGCAGAAUAUUGUAAGUGUGGAUUGCAUGAUAUUUUGAAUGGAGAAAUGUGUUGCUCAAGUUCAGGUCACUGUAUUAAAUCUGGUUCUACCCAUAUCAGAAUGCACUGCUACAGUAAUGAGCUCAUCAUAUUUGUGUUGAUGCGUUAAACAAACAUUCCGUUAGCUGGUGUUAGAACCAAGAUGUUGCUCAACAGGUACUCUGUCAGUGAUUGUGAUUCAGGAGUGCAGACCAAUCCCAUAGUGUAGAAUUUGUGAUUCAUUUACAUCCUUUGUGGUUCUUGCACUUUGGAUAUUCAUGUUAUGCAGAUCAUGUUUUAUCGAAACAUCCCACAUCUUGAGGAAUCGUGCCUUGUGUUUUCCUGCAGUAAACGGCAAUGUGAAGGAAGAGGCCAUCAUAAGCAAGACGUCUCAACAGAUCGUAGAGCUGAUAACCAAACUGACCAACCAGCCUGGCCUGGAUAUCAUCCGUAUCCGCAAGCCCAUCCACACAGACACCCUACUCCCUUAAUAGUGCAGAUAGAUUGUAACUUACAUCAAUAUAAUUGUCUACAUCACUUCCAAUCCCCCAUAUUUUCUCGCAUAUAUAUAUAUAUAUAUAUAUAUAUAUACAUACAGUUGAAGUCGGAAGUUUACAUACACUUAGGUUGGAGUCAUUAAAACUUGUUUUUCAACCACUCCACACAUUUCUUGUUAACAAACUAUAGUUUUGGCAAGUCGGUUAGGACAUCUACUUUGUGCAUGAUACAAGUAAUUUUUCCAACAAUUGUUUACAGACAGAUUAUUUCACUUAUAAUACACUGUAUCACAAUUCCAGUGGGUCAGAUGUUUACAUACACUAAGUUGGCUGUGCCUUUAAACAGCUUGGAAAAUUCCAGAAAAUGAUGUCAUGGCUUUAGAAGCUUCUGAUAGGCAAAUUGAUAUCAUUUGAGUCAAUUGGAGGUGUACCUGUGGAUGUAUUUCAAGGCCUACCUUCAAACGCAGUGCCUCUUUGCUUGACAUAAUGGGAAAAUCAAAAGAAAUCAGCCAAGACCUCAGAAACAAAAUUGUAGACCUCCACAAGUCUGGUUCAUCCUUGGGAGCAAUUUCCAAACACCUGAAGGUACCACGUUCAUCUGUACAAACAAUAGUAUACAAGUAUAAACACCAUGGGACCACGCAGCCGUCAUACCGCUCAGGAAGGAGACACAUUCUGUCUCCUAGAGAUCAACGUACUUUGGUGCGAAAAGUGCAAAUAAAUCCCAGAACAACAGCAAAGGACCUUGUGAAGAUGCUGGAGGAAACGGGUACAAAAGUAUCUAUAUCCACAGUAAAACGAGUCCUAUAUCGACAUAACCUGAAAUGCCACUCAGCAAGGAAGAAGCCGCUGCUCCAAAACCGCCAUAAAAAAGCCAGACUACAGUUUGCAACUGCACAUGGGGACAAAGAUCUUACUUUUUGAAGAAAUGUCCUCUGGUCUGAUGAAACAAAAAUAGAACUGUUUGGCCGUAAUGACCAUCGUUAUGUUUGGAGGAAAAAGGGGGAUGCUUGCAAGCCGAAGAACAUACAUCCCAACCGUGAAGCACGGGGUAGCAGCAUCAUGCUGUGGGGGUGCUUUGCUGCAGGAGAGACUGGUGCACUUCAAAAAAUUGAUGGCAUCAUGAGGAAGGAAAAUUAUGUGGAUAUAUUGAAGCAACAUCUCAAGACAUCAGUCAGGAAGUUAAAGCUUGGUCUCAAAUGGGUCUUCCAAAUGGACAAUGACCCCAAGCAUACUUCCAAAGUUGUGGCAAAAUGGCUUAAGGACAACAAAGUCAAGGUAUUGGAGUGGCCAUCACAAAGCCCUGACCUCCUCAAUCCUAUAGAAAAUGUGUGGGCAGAACUGAAAAAGCGUGUGCGAGCAAGGAGGCCUACAAACCUGACUCAGUUACACCAGCUCUGUCAGGAGGAAUGGGCCAAAAUUCACCCAACUUAUUGUGGGAAGCUUGUGGAAGGCUACCUGAAACAUUUGACCCAAGUUAAACGAUUUAAAUGCAAAGCUAACAAAUACUAAUUGAGUGUAUGUAAACUUCUGACCCCCUGGGAAUGUGAUGAAAGAAAUAAAAGCUGAAAUAAAUAAUUCUCUCUACUAUUAUUCUGACAUUUCACAUUUUUAAAAUAAAGUGGUGAUCCUAACUGACCUAAGACAGGGUAUUUUUACUAGGAUUAAAUGUCAGGAAUUGUGAAAAACUGUAUUUGGCCAAGGUGUAUGUAAACUUCCGAAUUCAACUGUACAUACAUACAGUGAGGGAAGAAAGUAUUUGAUCCCCUGCUGAUUUUGUAUGUUUGCCCACUGACAAAGAAAUGAUCAGUCUAUAAUUUUAAUGGUAGGUUUAUUUGAACAGUGAGAGACAGAAUAACAACAAAAAAAUCCAGAAAAACGCAUGUCAGGAAUGUUAUAAAUUGAUUUGCAGUUUAAUGAGGGGAAAUAAGUAUUUGACCCAUCUGCAAACAUGACUUAGUACUUGGUGGCAAAACCCUUGUUGGCAAUCACAGAGGUCAGACGUUUCUUGUAGUUGGCCACCAGGUUUGCACACAUCUCAGGAGGGAUUUUGUCCCACUCCUCUUAGCAGAUCUUCUCCAAGUCAUUAAGGUUUCGAGGCUGACGUUUGGCAACUCGAACCUUCAGCUCCCUCCACAGAUUUUCUAUGGGAUUAAGGUCUGGAGACUGGCUAGGCCACUCCAGGACCUUAAUGUGCUUCUUCUUGAGCCACUGCUUUGUUGCCUUUACCGUGUGUUUUGGGUCAUUGUCAUGCUGGAAUACCCAUCCACGACCCAUUUUCAAUGUCCUGGCUGAGGGAAGGAGGUUCUCACCCAAGAUUUGACGGUACAUGGCCCCGUCCAUCGUACCUUUGAUGCGGUGAAGUUGUCCUUGUCCCCUUAGCAGAAAAACACCCCCAAAGCAUAAUGUUUCUACCUCCAUGUUUGACGGUGGGGAUGGUGUUCUUGGGGACAUAGGCAGCAUUCCUCCUCCUCCAAACAUGGCGAGUUGAGUUGAUGCCAAAGAGCUCGAUUUUGGUCUCAUCUGACCACAACACUUUCACCCAGUUUUCCUCUGAAUCAUUCAGAUGUUCAUUGGCAAACUUCAGACGGCCCUGUAUAUGUGCUUUCUUGAGCAGGGGGACCUUGCGGGCGCUGCAGGAUUUCAGUCCUUCACGGCGUAGUGUGUUACCAGUUGUUUUCUUGGUGACUAUGGUCCCAGCUGCCUUGAGAUCAUUGACAAGAUCCUCCUGUGUAGUUCUGGGCUGAUUCCUCACUGUUCUCAUGAUCAUUGCAACUCCACGAGGUGAGAUCUUCCAUUUGCGAAUAAUCUCACCAACUGUUGUCACCUUCUCACCAAGCUGCUUGGCGAUGGUCUUGUAGCCCAUUCCAGCCUUGUGUAGGUCUACAAUCUUGUCCCUGACAUCCUUGGAGAGCUCUUUGGUCUUGGCCAUGGUGGAGAGUUUGGAAUCUGAUUGAUUGAUUGCUUCUGUGGACAGGUGUCUUUUAUACAGGUAACACGCUGAGGUUAGGAGCACUCCCUUUAAGAGUGUGCUCCUAAUUCCAGCUCGUUACCUGUAUAAAAGACACCUGGGAGCCAGAAAUCUUUCUUAUUGAGAGGGGGUCAAAUACUUAUUUCCCUCAUUCAAAUGCAAAUCAAUUUAUAACAUUUUUGACAUGCGUUUUUCUGGAUUUUUUUGUUGUUAUUCUGUCUCUCACUGUUCAAAUAAACCUACCAUUGAUAUUAUAGACUGAUCAUUUCAUUGUCAGUGGGCAAACGUACAAAAUCAGCAGGGAAAUCAAAUUAUUUUUUCCCUCACUGUAUACAUAUAAAUACAUACAUAUAUAUAUAUAUACAUAUCCUUUAUUACUUUCCAUCCCCACCACCCCUUCCCUAAUUGGAGCAAACCAGUGAACAACAAGACCCAGGCCUCCACUUCCAGCCUAUACAUACUACACACAUUCCACGGACACAGUCAAUCCCACAAUAAUUAUAUAUUUUUUUGUUUCUACUCCUGAACCUCUACCCUCAGCCUCUCCGAUCAUUUUCAUGAUGUCCAUCCGGUUUGCUUCUAUAUGCCAUAUAUUUCCAACUGUGCUCUUUCACAAAAGCUCUCAACCUAUAACCUAUAUUCUUAUUAUGGACACAUUAUGCUUUACAUUAGUUAUCUUGUUGUUGUUAGUUGUUGUUAGUUGUUAUUAGUCCCAUCCUUCAACUCCAUUCAACACCACCCAUCUAUCUCUUAACACCAUCCAUAUUGGAUUUCUAUUUGCCAUAUAUUUUUCAACUGUACUGUGAUGUUUCACAAAAGUUCUGAACCCUUCUAUUCUCAUUGUUUCUACAGAUUGUAAAUUGAAAAUAAACAUUUCUGCUAAAAGUAUUAUUAUAUUAUUGAUCAAUUGACUAUGACUUUUCAGAUCACCCAGUAGUGCUAUCUGCAGGGUUAGCUCCAGGUAAAUAUUGCAAUCCUUUAGCCAUUAUAUUGGGGAUUGUAUCCCCCAUAUAAAUAACAUUCUAUUGGUAGCAAGAAUUUUGUAUAAUAAUUUAAAUUGAAAGAUUUGAUGUUUUGAAUCCGGCAUCAUUUUGCGUAUCAGUUCAUAAACACUAUGCCAUGGAAUCGGGACGUCAAAAAUCUCUUCCCAACUAUUUAGCAAUCUAUAUGGGACGGCUGUCAAUCCUUUGGUCCUGAAAUGAAACUGGUAUACUUUUUUAUUUAUCAUAAUUUUCUUUAACCAAUUAUGUUCUUUAAUGCAGGGCCGACAGACAAGUUCCUUACUUUUUCCCCCUUCCACUUUUCUCUUCCAUUUUUGCGGUAAUGCUGCAAUUAUUUGGUUGUAAUUUUGUGUAGAGCAGACAUUUCCAUAUGUUUUUGUUAGCUGCAUGUGCGACAUAACUCCACCAUUCCUACCUAUGAUAUAAUUUACGACGAUUAUACCUUUUUUAAACAUUUAUUCAAAAGAUAAUGUUUUUUUUUAUCAAUUAGUAUAUUUUAGUUUAACCACAAUAUUUGUUGCAUUAUUUGUUCUGUUGUUUCUGGAGGAUUAAAUUGAAAUUGCAACCAACUUUCUAUGGCUUGUUUUAGAAAUAAUGAUAUUUGGGAGAUGAUUUCCUUUUUAAAUGACUGAAAGUGAAAGGUUGUAAUCUGAAUAAAGGGAAAAAGGCCAUUCUUGAACAUGGGGUGAGACAAUCUUACUAAUUUGCUAGAGAACCAGUUUGGAUUUAAGUACAACUUUUGUAUAACUGAAGCUUUUAUUGAUAGGUCUAAUGCUUUAAUAUUUAAUAAUUUCUGUCCUACGAAUUCAUAUUCAUUAUAUAAAUAGGGCCGUUUAAUUUUGUCUGGCUUGCCGUUCCAAAUAAAAUGGCAUAUUUUUUUGUCAUAUAAUUUAAAAAACUGGUCGCUAGGUGUAGGCAAGACCAUAAGCAAAUAGGUAAACUGGGAUAAUACUAAAGAGUUAAUCAGGGUGACUUUUCCACAAAUAGACAGGUAUUUACCUUUCCAUGGUAGCAAGAUCUUAUCUUUUUCUGCUAACUUUCUAUUAAAAUGUAUUGGAGUGAGAUCAUUUAUUUCAUUUGGGAUAUGUAUUCUGAGUAUAUCCACACCACCAUCAGACCAUUUUAUUGGUAAACUACAUGGUAAUGUAAAAAUUGUAUUUUUUAGUGAUCCAAUACGUAAUAUAGUACAUCUAUCAUAAUUUGGUUGUAAUCCAGAGAAGUUAGAAAAUGUAUCUAGAUCCUCUAUGAGGCUGUGGAGUGAUUCAAGCUGUGGAUUUAAAAGAAAACAUGAAUCAUCAGCGUACAAUGACAACUUUGUUUUUAAACCCUGGAUUUCUAAUCCCUUGAUAUUAUUGUUGGAUCUUGUUUUAAUACCUAACAUUUUGAUGGCCAUAAUAAAUAGAUAUGCUGAUAGUGGACAACCUUGUUUUACUCCUCUUGACAGUUUAAAACUUUCUGAGAAAUAGCCAUUAUUUACUAUUUUACACCUAGGGUUACUAUACAUGAUUUUAACCCAUUUUAUAAGAGAUUCUCCAAAAUUGAAAUGCUCCAGGCAUUUAUAUAUAAACUCCAGGUGUACUUCAUCAAAUGCCAUUUCAAAGUCUGCUAUGAAUAGCAGGCCUGGUUUCCCAGAUUUUUCAUAGUGUUCUAUUGUUUCCAGUACUUGCCUUACAUUAUCUCCAAUGUAUCUUCCAUGUAAAAAACCUGUCUGAUUAGAAUGAAUCAUGUCCGACAAUACCUUUUUUAAUUCUAUGCGCUAUACAUUUUGCUAGACACUGCAGUGUGAGGGGCUUCCAAUUUUUUUUAUGGACUGGAUCUUUAUAUUUCCCACUUGUGUCCUGUUUCAGUAAUAAUGAAAUCAGACCUUCUUCUUGAGUGUCUGAUAAUCUACCAUUUACAUAGGAGUGGUUAGAACAUGCUAAUAAAGGUCCUCUGAGUAUAUCAAAAAAGGUUUGGUAUACCUUGACUGGUAUGCCAUCCAACCCUGGAGUUUUCCUGGACUUAAAGUCUUUCAUUUCAUCCAGAAGUUCACCCUCUGUAAUUUCACCUUCACAUGAGUCUUUCUGUAUGGCUGUUAAUUUUACAUUAUCAAUAGAAAAAAAAUCCCUACAAUUCGCUUCAGUUAGAGGAGAUGGAGGCGACUGAAACGAAAACAUAUGCUUAAAGUACUUUACUUCCUCCUUCAAAAUAUAAUUUGGUGAAUCAUGGGUGACUCCGUUAUUUGUAACCAGUUUCAGUAAAUUAUUUUUGGUAGCAUUUCUAUGUUGAAGAUUAAAAAAGAAUUUCAGUAAGAGUAAUGUAUAUGCCAAUUUAUAUGAUGGUCCGACCACAUUCUGUCCCCUAUCAACACUUUUUAAACUUUUGGUGCCAACGAGAAUGACAUAAUGUAUAUCUCACUACCUGGGUGGGGGUACCCCACCGGAAUCCCCACCGGCUAGGUACAAGGCCGUCAAGGUUCUCAUUAGCAGCUUUGAGAAUUUACUUGUAUAUUAUGCUCUCCCAUCAGGGGGCUCUGGCUUUGUAGAACCAACCCUGCCAGGCAGGCUCAGAAUCUUGAGGGGGCGGUGCUGCUCUAGUAUCUUUCUGUUUUGGCUGCAUAUAGGCAACAUACAGCAGGGCCAUAAAACAGAUGGGGACUUCUCUUUGGUGUAUGGGUCGCUCAGGUGGGUGUCUAGGAUAUAGGGUUGGUGACCGUUCCAUCAUGAUAGGACAAUAAAAAAAUUAAUUAGAUAUGGUGUUUUUAUUUUCCUUGGCAUAUAGCAAUGUACUCAUUUACAUCAACAGCAGCGUUUCAAGUUGCCAUUUCUUACACCACAGUCCAGACAGAGCCUCAACUCUCACAGCAAAUGUCUGCCAAUCACACAAACCAUCUUAAGUGUGGAACGACCCAGUACCAUAUAUGGCUCUUGAACGUUCCUCUAUCAGCUGCCCAUCAAUAAUAAUUUCACCAAUUUGACUGCAAGCAUGUCUUGUAUGAACUCUGUGUUGAUUGUCUGCAGAUAACAACAUAGCUGCAGGGUGGGUGGUGCUGUAAAAGAUGUGGUCAGACAGGAUUUCUUGAUGGUUGGGUUACAGAUGGGUGGUGCAUGACUGGUCACAGGAAAGGCAAUAGUAUAAUCUGAAGGCUGAUUGUGUAAAAUGGAAAGGGUGUGUGAGUCGUCAGAUGACUGCAGAGAUGAGUGUGGUCGGGAAGAGGAAGUGCAUCUUUGACUGCAGAGCGAUUAGUACUACAGUCAUGUAGUCAUGUGUUAGCAAUGUGUUUGGUGACUAAAGAGGAUGGCAUUAUGUUUUCCGGCAGUGUAUUCAGUGUUAGUUUAAAGUUCUCAUAAAAUGUAUCUCAACAUUAAUACUGUCAUAUUGGUAAUUUUUUUGACGGUUAUCUGUCAGAAUGUAGGGUGGACUUAAAACAGGAGAUACUGUUAACCUUAAUAGAAUCCACUUAAUUUCAUACUAGUCAUGUUAUUUAUGUUGGGGAAAAGUAAUAUAUAUAAUCAACAGUGUUAUUCUAAGAACACUGCUUGUUUUUAUAUUGAUUGGAGCAGGGUUGCAACUAGUUUUUACAUAGCUAAUUAUGUAUCACAACGAUUACAGGCAGCAGAGCCUGACCAGAGUUCUAAUCUCACAUCACAGUUUCUUACCCCAAUUAGAACUGUCAGGGCUUGACCUACACUAUGGGUGUAAAAGCUCUAAAUAAAGAUUGUUGUUGCUUAGUUACGGCCCUAGCCUCAGCACUCAAACUUGCCUUUUUUCCCACCAGUCUUUCAGCCUGUGCUGUACCCCCGGACCGUCACAAUCUCAGCAUCCAGCAAUAUCACCCAACAGUGUGAAUUAUUUACUAUGACAUGUUGAGCAGUCUGUUGAGAAUGCAGGGUCGUGUUCAUUAGGUACCCAACAAGAAAGAACUGACUGAAAUACGGAGGGACUAUCGUUUUUUGCAUUCUAAAACAUUUUAAAACAGUUCCCAUUGCGAGCCCUAAUGAACAUGACCAAGGCCUAGAUUGUCAUCAUUAUCACCCAACAGCAAUACUAUUGGGUAUUGUGUUGUCGAGACAAAAGGACUCAGUUUGAACAUGUUUUGCAUAAUGCUGUACUGUACUGACAUCCCCCUUGGGCAUUGACACAGGAUUAUUCCCAGUCGAUCUGAAUUUGAUGCAAAAUAGUUUUUAAGAAAUCCUUUACCGGUGGUUGCACAAAACAGUGACAAUGACGUAUGAGAAAAAUAAAUACACAAUAUCACUUUUGUUAUAAAUAUUGCACUUAUUAUUUAAUCAGCCGUGUAGUGUUGGCCAUGUCACGUAAUUAUUUCGGCAUCAGAGCACUUGGAGAAAUGAUUAUAUACUGAACAAAAAUAUGAACACAACAUGCAACAAUUUCAACAAUUUUACUGAGUUACAGUUCACUUAAAGGAAUCAGUCAAUUUAAAUAAAUUCAUUAGGCCCAAAUCUAUGAAUUUCACAUGACUGUGCACGGGCGCAGCCAUGGGUGGGCCCGUGCACAGUCAUAGGCCCACCCACUCAGAAUAUGUUUUUCCCCACAAAAGGGCUUUAUUACAGACAGAAAUACUCCUCAGUUUAAUCAGCUGUCGGGUUGUCUGGUCUCAGACGAUUGUAAAGUAGUAGUCAUAUCUACAUCGAGCCAGAAAACAACAAAAACACAUAACACGGAUGUAGCACAUGGAUGUAACACUUUACAAGGGUAUACUGAAUCUUCUUAUGUACAUAGCAAAAAAGUCCUCACGAGGUAUAGUGCAAAUGCGUCUUUUAGUCAUUGUUCACUCAAAUGUAUUCUGUAGGUGAUGUAGAGUUAAUAUCUAAACCUCGACUUGAAUGUUGUCAUGUCUGUAGGAUGUGAGUAUGUUUGUUGAAAUUAGUGUUCCACAGUGUUUAUGGGGACCUACAGUAUACUGGAGGUGUGUAUUGAGUGUACUGUAGUAGCCAGCAUGUUUGCCAUUUGACCAUAAGUAGUAAGUACAGUACAAUAUCCAUAACCGUAUCCAUGUUCACUGCCCAUGGCGAUUGUACACACUGAUUACCCUUUGGUGUAUUUUGAGCAGUCACUGGCUCAGAUCAUCGGGGUUCCUCACACACUCCUUCUUCCAUUCACCAGCUUCUCCAUCUCCUUGUAUAACUAAAGACAGAAAAAAGAUUGAAAAGCAGAGACUUAAUACACUCUACAUACAGUAUGUCAUACUAUGAUGACUGUGUUUUUCUACUUUAAAAUGAGCUUCUCUCUGUUAAAACUUUAAACAUAACAUGACAGCAUCAGUGAAUCACAUGUAAUGAGAAAUGACAUACCCUAAAGUUUAAAUGUCCAGUUUGUUCUUUCAACUUUGAAUGUUCAUCCUCAACUACCCUCAUUGUGAUUGCACUUUUGAUACAUCAUUAUUUAUGUUACAUGAAAAGAUAAGAUAAGGAAAACACAUUCAUCAGGCUUGCUUGACCCCUGCCGUAGACAAGCUUUUGUACAACAUUAAUAUAAUGGUCCUGUGAAACUGUAUGACCAAUGAAACACCUGUCAUAGUGCAUCAAUAUUCUAAUCAACCAAUAAGAAGAUUCUGCUCAGCUACUAUAAUGACCAAUGGGGAAAUGGGGCACAUCUUUGUUAUAGCCCAGCACUGAAACACCUGAUUCAACAUAACUCAUCACCAAGCCCUUGAUUAGUUGAAUACGGUGCUGGGCGAGAACAAAAACGUGCACACCCUGUGGGUCCUCCAGGCCCAGGGAACAGGAUUGAGGAACACUGCAGUAGCCCCUUUGCAAAGAGAAGGUCACGGGCACUGUUUGAAGGCCAGGCUUAAUUGAUUGGGGGGCUAUCAUGGUGGUUUGUGAACUCAGCAGGCUCCUCUAGGGGAGAGGGGAAGUAAGAGAGGAAGAGGGAGGGAGGGGAAGGGUAAUAAUGGAUGGAAUGAUGAUACUCUAGCGUGGAGGUGAAGGGGUAGAGCGGACAGGUAAUAGAAAAGGGAGCAUAUACGGAUAGAGAGGGUGGGAAUAAAGGGAGGGGGAGAGAGGAGGAGGAGGAAACCUGCUGAUGGUGCAAAGCAGCUCCUGUCAGCCCCCCUCUCACACACACACAAAUACACACUCCAUCCCUCCCUCUCCUACUCUAUCAGCUCACUGCAUCACUGACCAGGACACACAGGUCAAAUGUUUCCUGUGCCGCUCUGCCGCAUUCGAUAGAGUCCGCAAAAAAACACAACAAGCCUUAACUUGGUGUCUCUAUGCAGUCCAGCCCAGGAUCCGCCUGAAAAGUAUUCACCCCACUUGGCAUUUUUCCUAUUUUGUUGCCUUACAACCUGGAAUUAAAAUGGAUUUGAUUUAUACAACAUGCCUACCACUUUGAAGAUGCAAAAAAAUGUUUUGUGUGAAACAAACAAGAAAUAAGACAAAAAAACUGAAAACAUGAGCGUGCAUAACUAUUCUGCCCCCCAAAGUCAAUACUUUGUAGAGCCAGCUUUUGCAGCAAUUACAGCUGCAAGUCUCUUGGGGUAUGUCUCUAUAAGCUUGGCACAUCUAGCCACUGGGAUUUUUACCUAUUCUUCAAGGCAAAACUGCUCCAGCUCCUUCAAGUCGGAUGGGAUCCGCUGGUGUACAGCAAUCUUUAAGUCAUACCACAGAUUCUCAAUUGGAUUGAGGUCUGGGCUUUGACUAGGCCAUUCCAAGACAUUCGAGUGUUGCUUUAGCAGUAUGCUUAGGGUCAUUGUCCUGCUGGAAGGGAACCUCUGUCCCAGUCUCAAAUCUCUGGAAGACUGAAACAGGUUUCCCUCAAGAAUUUCCCUGUAUUUAGUGCCAUCCAUCAUUCCUUCAAUUCUGACCAGUUUCCAAGUCCCUGCCGAUGGAAAAACAUCACCACAGCAUGAUUCUGCCACCACCAUGCUUCACUGUGGGGAUGGUGUUCUCGGGGUGAUGAGAGGUGUUGGGUUUGCGCCAGACAUAACGUUUUCCUUGAUGGCCAAAAAGCUCAAUUUUAGUCACAUCUGACCAGAGUACAUUCUUCCAUUUGUUUGGGGAGUCUCCCACAUGCCUUUUGGUGAACACCAAAUGUGUUUACUUAUUUUUUUCUUUAAGCAAUGGCUUUUUUCUGGCCACUCUUCCGUAAACCCCAGCUCUGUGGAGUGUACAGCUUAAAGUGGUCCUAUGGACAGAUACUCCAAUCUCCGCUGUAGAGCUUUGCAGCUCCUUCAGGCUUAUCUUUGGUCUCUUUGUUGCCUCUCUGAUUAAUGCCCUCCUUGCCUGGUCCGUGAGUUUUGGUGGGCGGCCCUCUCUUGGCAGGUUUGUUGUGGUGCCAUAUUCUUUCCAUUUUUUAAUAAUGGAUUUAAUGGUGCUCCGUGGGAUGUUCAAAGUUUCUGAUAUUUUUUUAUAACCCAACCCUGAUCUGUACUUCUCCACAACUUUAUCCCUGACCUGUUUGGAGAGCUCCUUGGUCUUCAUGGUGCCGCUUGCUUGGUGGUGCCCCUUGCUUAGUGGUGUUGCAGACACUUGGGCCUUUCAGAACAGGUGUAUACAGUUGAAGUCAGAAGUUUACAUACCUUAGCCAAGUACAUUUAAACUCAGUUUUUCAUCAUUCCUGACAUUUAAUCCUAGUAAAAAUUCCCUGUAUAAGUCAGUUAGGAGCACCACUUUAUUUUAAGAAUGUGAAAUGUCAGAAUAAUAGUAGAGAGAAUGAUUUAUUUCAGCUUUUAUUAAUUUAAUCACAUUCCCAGUGGGUCAGAAGUUUACAUAUACUCAAUUAGUAUUUGGUAGCAUUGCCUUUAAAUUGUUUAACUUGCACAAGCCUUCCACAAACUUCCCAAAAUAAGUUGGGUGAAUUUUGGCCCAUUCCUCCUGACAGAGCUGGUGUAACUGAAUAAGGUUUGUAGGCCUCCUUGCUCGCACACGCUUUUUCAGUUCUGCCCACAAAUUUACUAUUGGAUUGAGGUCAGGGCUUCGUGAUGGCCACUCCAAUACCUUGACUUUGUUGUCCUUAAGCCAUUUUGCCACAUAUUUGGAAGUAUGCUUGGGGUCAUUGUCCAUUUGGAAGACCCAUUUGAGACCAAGCUUUAACUUCCUGACUGAUGUCUUGAGAUGUUGCUUCAAUAUAUCCACAUAAUUUUCCUUCCUCAUGAUGCCAUCUAUUUUGUGAAGUGUACCAGACCCUCCUGCAGCAAAGCACCCCCACAGCAUGAUGCUGCCACCCCCGUGCUUCACAGUUGGGAUGGUGUUCUUCGGCUUGCAAGCAUUCCCCUUUUUCCUCCAAACAUAACAAUGGUCAUUAUGGCCAAACAGUUCUAUUUUUGUUUCAUCAGACCAGAGGACAUUUCUCCAAAAAGUAGGAUCUUUGUCCCGAUGUGCAGUUGCAAACCGUAGUCUGGCUUUUUUAUGUGUCACGAAUUCAGCCGAGGCUGCCCCUCCUCCUUGCUCGGACAGGUUUCGGCAUUCAUUGCCACCGGCUUACUAGCCAUUACCGCUCCAUUUAUCAUCACUCCAUUUGUCUUGUCUUGUCUUGUCAAUCACACACACCUGGUACUCAUUGUCACGCCCUGACUCAGGGGACGGUUAUUUGUUGAGUCAGGGUGUGUAUAUUUCGUGUUGUGUUUAUUUCUAUGUUUAGUUUCUAGAUCGUUUAGAUCUAUGUUGGCCAGGGUGGUUCCCAAUCAGAGGCAGCUGUAGCUCGUUGUCUCUGAUUGGGGACCAUACUUAGGCAGCCUUUUGGCACCAGUCAGUUGUGGGAUCUUGUUCCGUGUGAGGUAUGUUAUUUUGUCUACCUUGGACUUUGUGUACCUUGGACUCAUUCCCUCAUUAGUCUGUGUAUAAGUGUUCCCUCUGCCCCCUUGUCCUUUGUGAGUGAUUGUUCAUUGUGAGAGUGAGUAGCUCGGUUGAGCUACUUCCUUGCUGAGCAGCCUUUCAGGUUAUGUCGAUAUAGGACUUGUUUUACUGUGGAUAUAGCUACUUUUGUACCUGUUUCCUCCAGCAUCUUCACAAGGUCCUUUGCUGGGAUUGAUUUGCACUUUUCGCACCAAAGUACGUUCAUCUCUAGGAGACAGAACGCGUCUCCUUCCUGAGCGGUAUAACGGCUGCGUGGUCCCAUGGUGUUUAUACUUGCGUACAAUUGUUUGUACAGAUGAACGUGGUACCUUCAGGCGUUUGGAAAUUGCUCCCAAGGAUGAACCAGACUUUCUGAGGUCUUGACUGAUUUAUUUUGAUUUUCCCAUGAUGUCAAGCAAAGAGGCACUGAGUUUGAAGGUAGGCCUUGAAAUACAUCCACAGCUACACCUCCAAUUGACUCAAAUGAUGUCAAUUAGCCUAUCAGAAGCUUCUAAAGCCAUGAUAUCAUUUUCUGGAAUUUUCCAAGUUGUUUAAAGGCACAGUCAACUUAGUGUAUGUAAACUUCUGACCCACUGGAAUUGUGAUACAGUGAAUUAUAAGUGAAAUAAUCUGUCUGUAAACAAUUGUUGGAAAAAUUACUUGUGUCAUGCACAAAGUAGAUGUCCUAACCGACUUGCCAAAACUAUAGUUUGUUAACAAGAAAUGUGUGGAGUGGUUGAAAAACAAGUUUUAAUGACUCCAACCUAAGUGUAUGUAAACUUCCGACUUCAACUGUAUAUACUGAGAUCAUGUGUCAGAUCAUGUGACACUUAGAUUGCACACAGGUGGACUUUAUUUAACUAAUUAUGUGACUUCUGAAGGUAAUUGGUUGCACCAGAUCUUAUUUAGGGGCAUCAUAGCAAAGUGGGUGAAUACAUAUGCACGCACCACUUUUCCGUUAUUUAUUCUUUAGAAUUUUUUUAAACAAGUAAUUUCUUUCAUUUCACUUCACCAAUUUGGACUAUUUUGUGUAUGUCCAUUACAUGAAAUCCAAAUAAAAAUCAAUUUAAAUUACAGGUUGUAAUGCAACAAAAUAGGAAAAAUGCCAAGGGGGAUGAAUACUUUUGCAAGGCACUGUAGUGCACUACUUUUGUCCAGAGCCCUAUAUAGUCCCUAUAGUGCACUACAAAAGUAGUGCACUUUAUAGAGACGGAUGCCAUUUCAGUCUCUGCCAAUAUUUGCUUUGGUCAGAGUGGACCCUCUCUCAAGGCAAUGGAGUAUGUCCCCGGUUGUUGCUAGCGUAUGUUGUUAUUGCAUUGACACUGAUGUCACCUAAACAUUGAGAGAGCGUUGCGGGUUAGAUAACAGUGUGAUGGCCCUAUAGCUCGUCUGGCUUGUGGCCACCAGCUUGUGACAGCAAAGGACACACAGCACAAACAUCAACCUGGGCUGGAAUUAAUGUCUGCCUCUCUGCCCUUCAUCUUUCACGGAGAGGAAAAUGAAAGCUGAUGUUUUCACUUUGUUAACAUAAGCUAUUUGGUGGUGGUGGUGGACUUUGAAUUUGAAAAUAGGUUCAGUCUUACCUUUGCUUUCUGGUCUCCUGUUGGGCUCACACAUUUCUGGCAGUCAGGUCCCACCAUCUUCGUCAUCAUCAUCACCAUCACCAUCAUCAUCACUCAGUUUCUCUGAUCAAUCUGACCAGAGAUCAGUCCUUCAUGAUAGUCUUCAUUCUUCAAUGAUAGUGUUCAUCCGGCCAAGCUUUGAUGAAGCCUGCCGUCUAUCUAUAAUCCUGCUAUUUUCCCCCUUUGACACAGUCAGAUGCUAACAACACAAAGAUGCUAAAAAGUUUCAUUUCAAUUUGGUUUCGCUACAACCAUUUCAAUUGGAAUUAUUUCAACAGUUGCUACUGAUGGCUGCCACAGCGAUAUUAUUUCUAUUUACAUGAAAACAAAGAUAAGUGUGUGUUAAGUUAUGACUGAAAUGUAUUAUUUGUCCAACCAUCUGUGCUCUCUUGUGAGGUUCUGUAGGUCUUUAAGAGCCUUCAUUGACGUACACUGUAUGGCACUAAACUACAGUAGCCAUCGUUGUCUAAAUUCAAUAGUUCCGAAGAUGGUCUAUAAUGUUCAUACAGGCUUUGAUAGUUCCUCAGUCUAACUCAUCAUCUUACUUCAUGGUCAUUGGUCAUAUGACCUGGGCUCUCAUUGAAAGUCUGUGUCCCUUGUCCCACGAUGCACCACAGCGCUCUCUGUCAGUGUGUCAGCUGACCAGACCAGCACUGACCUUUAACGUAAUUGACCAGCUUCCACAAUAGGGUUAGGAUCUGAGGUAGGAUUGUAACUAACUUGUGUAUGUAUCAUGUAUUUGCUUGAAAGUCCAUCAAAGGGUCCAUGCACUAGUACAGUGUGUGUCCAAAAUGGAUACCAUGACUAUAUCCAUGACUGCUUCAGUUAGGGAAAAGUCAAAAAGUCCUCUUUACGCCAAUGUUCAAUUGUGAAAUUAUGUGGGCGGGCCACUUGUCUCAAGUCACGGGAAGCUGCACAUUGGGUUUUGGGUAUGAAUACUCCCACAGGUUGCUUUGGCACUGGUUAAAUAGCAGAAGUAUAAUACAAGUUAGGCCUCCCUGCCUUUUGGGGGCACUCUUUUGUAGUUGGGUUAAACCAAUACACAGAUCAAUGGGAAAGAGAUGGGGGGCUAGACGGAGCUCUCGUCUGUCGGCUGGGGGUCCAGUUGCGUGUGCUUCCUCUUCUCCAGGAUGCGGUUGAGCUCUUCAGUGAACGAGUGGUAGAGGGGAGACGUGCUCCCCUCGGGGUCCGCCAUCUGCCUCAGCAGCACGUAGCUGUUGCCGUUCAUCUUGCGAAGGACGUUGGGUAACGUCGCCGACAUCCCGUUGGUGUACUCUGACGAUGCGUACUCCGAGGAGGGCAGGGGUGGCGGCAUUGGGAGCGGCGGAGCGGGAGGGGGCAGCGACUUCCCCGGAGACCCUUCCCCGGGCACGAUCUGGAGGAAGCCAUCACCCAUGUCGUCCAUGUUGGAUACCGACAGGGAGCGGCGUCCGCGCUUGAUUUCCUGCCUGCCGUUACAGUGGCUGGAGAUGGUCUUGAGCUCCAGGUGGGAGCUCCUCUUCCUCUUGGCUGCGGCCCCCGACUCAGGCAGCCCCUGCUGGGAGUACUUGCAGCCCUGGUAGGGCCCCCAGGUGCAGAAGCUGACGUAGAGCAGCACUACGGUCAGCACCAGGCACAUCCCGCCAAGCACAGCCACCAGGGAGAUAUACAUGGCCUCCAUGUGCCUGUAGGUCUGGAACUCAGGCACAGGGAGGAGGGGAGCAGGCGGGGAGGGCAGGGGCUGCUCAGUGGGGCUGCUGGGGGAAAGAGAAGGGCUUGGUGGGGUGGUAGUGGUGUCCGUCACGGCUGUUGGCCCCACAGAGAAAGGCAGGUCAGGGUGCACCCUCACGGUGUACAUCCUCACUGGCACCCACACGUUGUUCUCCACGGCGUAGCAGCAAUAGUCUCCGCUCUGGUCGGGCCGGGCGCCGAUGAGGAGCAGGCCGUCGGUGCCCACACGAUGGCCCGAGUCGAGGCCGUAGCCCUGGAGCUUGCGGCCAUCCAGGGUCCAGCAUGGAGUGGCUAGGUUGGAGUGCAGAUCGCAAUGGAGGAGGACAUCGUCCCCAGACAUCACCGUACGCCUGCGGUGGACUACUGAGAGAGGGAGAGAGAGGGUGAGAAAGAGAACGAGAGAGAGAGGGAGAGCGAGAGAGCGAGAGAGCGAAAGAGAGAUAGAUAGAAGGAGAGAGUGCAGGAUAGACGGAGAACAAGAGAGAGAGAGAAAGCAGGAUAUACAGAGAGAGAGAGCAGGAGAGAGAGAUUAAUACAGAAACGGACAUCAGGUCACGAGCAUGUGCAAUGUGUGUGUCAGUGGCGUAGCGCAGUUUUGCGGGGGCCCCCCCCAACCCAUUUUUUAAAUAGUUUUAUAGCUAAUCUCAUGUUAUUUUACACAUUUUGCCAUGAUGCUGAGAGAAAAUUUAGCAGUUUUAAAGCUAAUUUCCUGUAAUUCCGCCCCACAAGAAUCAUAGCUUAUGACAUGUUCAUAUGCUACAUUUGUGCCCCCCCCCCCCGCCUUGCGGGGGCUGCGGGGGUGUGUGCUACGCCAGUGGUGUGUGUGUUUAGUUCAUACCUGCUCCUGUGCUGUUGUCACAGCCUCUUUUCCCUCUCUGUAUAUCCUGGGUUAAAUUGGACCUGAAUAGGAGCCAGAAGAAUGUCAGUUCUCAUUUAUUCUUUCUGGGCAGUGGGCACCCACACAUACUGUAUGUACAGGCAGAGCAGGCAUACAGAAACAGUACAAAGUUAAACAGGAGUAACUUGAUUUGUAUUAUAAAUUACAGUAUAUGGAAUAACACAGAAAAUAGAACAUAAUACUUGUACUUCAUAGAAUGUUUGUAAACUAUUCUAAAUCAACAUAAAAAAUAUUAUGGUGAGAGCAUUGAUAUAAAAUAAUGAUAGCUUCUUCUAAUUCUAAUAAAAUGUGUGUGUGUGUGUGUGUGUGUGCUCUCACCUGUUUGUGCGUGAGGAAAUUUCCACACACAGCGCCCCGUCCCAGCCACAGAAGGGGUCCCGGGCGAACACACAGUCGAAACAGGACGUGUAGCGCUGGCAGGAGGACAAGGGGACCUGGAGCACUGCAGAGUUUGAGCCCACAAAGAUACUUCCCUGUUGAUGGAUAAUUUAUGUUUAAUACCAUUUUGAUAACACUGUACUCAAAGCCAACAGGUAUAAUGCUUUAUAAGCAUGCAUGUGCCAUGUGUAGUACCUGUGUCUGGGAGAUGACCAUGCUGUCUAUAGGCUGAGGGUUCACAAACAGCUGCAGCUCCUCUAUGAUGUGCAUUUGACCUCCUAUCUCCACAGCCCUGUGCAGCCAGCCCUCAUCUGCAGGGAAAAACAGACAUUUAAUGUUCAUACAACAUUCAUAUAACCUUCAUAAAACGUUCAUAUAACCUUCAUACAACGUUCAUAUAACCUUCAUAUAACAUUCAUAUGAUAUAACAUUAAUAUAACGUUCAUAACAUUCAUAUAACAUUGAUAACUCUCAUACAACAUUAAAAGAAGAAAAAACUAAGUUAAAUAAGUAUUCAACUAUUCCUUAUGUUCUAUGUAUUAUGCAUUAUAAAUCUUGCCAGACUCACCAGUUCCCAAGAAGAGCACGGUGUAGACGUGUCCGUCCAGGGCUGCCACCCUGUGCACGGCCAUCUUUCCGUAAUUGACACUUCUCUUGAACAGUAGGGGGUGCCCUCCUAUGGGGUGGACCUGGGUGGACAUCAAGGGGUGCUGCCUCGCAAAGGCCAACACGUUGUCUGGGAGGUCACGGGACGAGUUGAUGCCCUGGGACCUGUGUAUGUCUGUAAUACACUGGAGCGAGGAAGGGCAGUGAGAGAAAGAGAGGUCGGAGAGGGAAAGAGAGAGAGAAGUCAAUACAGAUCAGAAAAUAGUGAUUGAGACAGAAAUAGAGACAAGGCUGCACCUCAAUAGCAUUAAGGGCCUUCCUCUUCUCCUCUCCUUCCCUACAUCAGCAUAUACAAUAACUAUAGAAAGACUGAAUUGGUGGAAGCAGUCUAAAUACUGCUUUCACCAACUCAGUCUUUCUAGAUGCAGGAAAGAAGACAAGGAAAGGAGGACACUGUGUAGAGAGUAUUGAGAUUGAUCCAAAGAUAGUAAGAAAUGGGGGCAAGGGGAGGGAGAGAAGGGGGAAUAAGGUUUUCUGUAGCAGGGAAAUAGAGGGGUAUUACUAGAGACUUACUGAGCCAGGCCUUGGUACUGGAACCUUCCCUGUAUAUUCCCUCCAUUUGGAAUCCUGCACCUCCAUGUAAGGCCCCUCGAAGGCCCUCUGUAUAUCUGUGAAGGAGUACUGGCACACCGCAGACGCCUUGAUAUUUUUCCUGAGAGAGAAAAAAUGCACCAAGACACAGAAGACAAGUCAGAGAUGAAUAAUUCAAUGUUAUAUCAACAUUGAAGCGUUUCUUCUCUUGGAAAUUAACUGCCACCUGCCACCCAGAUCAAAUUUCUAAAUCCACAAGCGCUCACCAGAGGGAAAGUUUUAAUAGACUUUGGUUAAGUUUUAGUCGAUAAUUCACUGAAAGCUGAAAGCUGUGGUGGGUGGGAAGGGGAGUGGUAGUUUGUUUUCAGCAACAGUAAUAUUUUCUUGUUUCUGUCUUUCCCUUUGUCUUCAAAAGGGAUAUGGGGAGUUGGGAGCACGUCACUGACGGGGGUAAGAUCGUUUUAUCUCAGUAGUAAGCUUAUGCUUUAUUUGCAUUCAAUGUACACUUUAGUCAUGUGCUCAGGGCCGGCACCAGAACGAAUCAGUUCGACAGGCCUCUGAUAUCUAUAGCCAGGCACGUUUUUUUCACGGGAUCUCCUAUGUGUGCACGCACUAGGGUGUUAGAGUAAAGCCCAUGGGCAGCUCGUGAGUUUCAAGUUUGGGGAAGCUUACAAUUUAUCCUACCAUUUCUACCGAUCUGCGUGAAAGUUAUGAUUGUUUUUAUAUGCACAUUUUUGUGGAACAGUUUCAUUUCAAUAAAAAUGUUUUCGUUUCUCAAAAUCAUUGUCACAUGGUUAAUCAUAAAAAUCUGAAGUAAAAUUAUAAAAAUCUAAAAGUUAAAAUUCAACUAAGGCGAGAGCACCAUCCUUGAUACACUGUGGUACAUUGGCGGCUAAAGAAAUUAGCGCAUAGAACUCAGAGAUAGCCUAUAAGCCAAUGCAGGAGUAGGUCUAUAACUUUGUCAACUAAGUAAAAUACAUAGGCCUAAAGCCGACCAAAUAAAAACAGUAGAAAAUAUCCUGAUGAAAAUUCUGGUUCUUUCAAUCACAUUCAUCUCUCUACUCCCUUUCUAUGUCUUGACUUGAGCUAUUGCUAGUGAAGUGCAACAUUGUAUGAAAUCAUCAACUGGAUCCGUCCCGUUUCCACCGGAUAUACAGUGGGGGAAAAAAGUAUUUAGUCAGCCACCAAUUGUGCAAGUUCUCCCACUUAAAAAGAUGAGAGAGGCCUCUAAUUUUCAUCAUAGGUACACGUCAACUAUGACAGACAAAAUGAGGAAAGAAAAUCCAGAAAAUCACAUUGUAGGAUUUUUUAUGAAUUUAUUUGCAAAUUAUGGUGGAAAAUAAGUAUUUGGUCAAUAACAAAAGUUUCUCAAUACUUUGUUAUAUACCCUUUGUUGGCAAUGACACAGGUCAAACGUUUUCUGUAAGUCUUCACAAGGUUUUCACACACUGUUGCUGGUAUUUUGGCCCAUUCCUCCAUGCAGAUCUCCUCUAGAGCAAUGAUGUUUUGGGGCUGUCGCUGGGCAACACAGACUUUCAACUCCCUCCAAAGAUUUUCUAUGGGGUUGAGAUCUGGAGACUGGCUAGGCCACUCCAGGACCUUGAAAUGCUUCUUACGAAGCCACUCCUUCGUUGCCCGGGCGGUGUGUUUGGGAUCAUUGUCAUGCUGAAAGACCCAGCCACGUUUCAUCUUCAAUGCCCUUGCUGAUGGAAGGAGGUUUUCACUCAAAAUCUCACGAUACAUGGCUCCAUUCAUUCUUUCCUUUACACGGAUCAGUCGUCCUGGUCCCUUUGCAGAAAAACAGCCCCAAAGCAUGAUAUUUCCACCCCCAUGCUUCACAGUAGGUAUGGUGUUCUUUGGAUGCAACUCAGCAUUCUUUGUCCUCCAAACACGACGAGUUGAGUUUUUACCAAAAAGUUCUAUUUUGGUUUCAUCUGACCAUAUGACAUUCUCCCAAUCCUCUUCUGGAUCAUCCAAAUGCACUCUAGCAAACUUCAGACGGGCCUGGACAUGUACUGGCUUAAGCAGGGGGACACGUCUGGCACUGCAGGAUUUGAGUCCCUGGCGGCGUAGUGUGUUACUGAUGGUAGGCUUUGUUACUUUGGUCCCAGCUCUCUGCAGGUCAUUCACUAGGUCCCCCCUUGUGGUUCUGGGAUUUUUGCUCACCGUUCUUGUGAUCAUUUUGACCCCACGGGGUGAGAUCUUGCGUGGAGCCCCAGAUCGAGGGAGAUUAUCAGUGGUCUUGUAUGUCUUCCAUUUCCUAAUAAUUGCUCCCACAGUUGAUUUCUUCAAACCAAGCUGCUUACCUAUUGCAGAUUCAGUCUUCCCAGCCUGGUGCAGGUCUACAAUUUUGUUUCUAGUGUCCUUUGACAGCUCUUUGGUCUUGGCCAUAGUGGAGUUUGGAGUGUGACUGUUUGAGCUUGUGGACAGGUGUCUUUUAUACUGAUAACAAGUUCAAACAGGUGCCAUUAAUACAGGUAACGAGUGGAGGACAGAGGAGCCUCUUAAAGAAGAAGUUACAGGUCUGUGAGAGCCAGAAAUCUUGCUUGUUUGUAGGUGACCAAAUACUUAAUUUCCACCAUAUUUUCCACCACUACAAUGUGAUUUUCUGGAUUUUUUUUCCUCAAUUUGCCUGUCAUAGUUGACGUGUACCUAUGAUGAAAAUUACAGGCCUCUCUCAUCUUUUUAAGUGGGAGAACUUGCACAAUUGGUGGCUGACUAAAUACUUUUUUCCCCCACUGUAUAUCCGGUGGAAACGGGACGGAUCCAGUUGAUGAUUUCAUACAAUGUUGCACUUCACUAGCAAUAGCUCAAGUCAAGACAUAGAAAGGGAGUAGAGAGAUGAAUGUGAUUGAAAGAACCAGAAUUUUCAUCAGGAUAUUUUCUACUGUUUUUAUUUGGUCGGCUUUAGGCCUAUGUAUUUUACUUAGUUGACAAAGUUAUAGACCUACUCCUGCAUUGGCUUAUAGGCUAUCUCUGAGUUCUAUGCGCUAAUUUCUUUAGCCGCCAAUGUACCACAGUGUAUCAAGGAUGGUGCUCUCGCCUUAGUUGAAUUUUAACUUUUAGAUUUUUAUAAUUUUACUUCAGAUUUUUAUGAUUAACCAUGUGACAAUGAUUUUGAGAAACGAAAACAUUUUUAUUGAAAUGAAACUGUUCCACAAAAAUGUGCAUAUAAAAACAAUCAUAACUUUCACGCAGAUCGGUAGAAAUGGUAGGAUAAAUUGUAAGCUUCCCCAAACUUGAAACUCACGAGCUGCCCAUGGGCUUUACUCUAACACUCUAGUGCGUGCACACAUAGGAGGUCCCGUGAAAAAAACGUGCCUGCUAUAGAUAUCAGAGGCCUGUCGAACUGAUUCGACAGGCCUACUUUUUUUCCCCACUGUAUGUGAUCAUCAGAUCAUUAUAUUUUGCUCUUUCACACCGAGGCUUGGUGAUUAUCGAGGCCGGGAGUGUUGGAAUGAUUUUUCAAAUACUGAGGAACUAUCAUUUGCAAUGGAUGAAAAAUAAAAAUAAAAUACUUUGUUUACAAUGUGUGAGGUGAAGAAAAAAUUACUGAGAAGCUCAGCUUAUUAGUGGUGGACGUGGUGAGUUAAGACAAUCAGAAAUCAGACAUUGCCAAAUGGGCACUUUCCUACAUUCGCAUGCAGCAGACCAGGUAGGCCUACUUCUAUGCAUGCUCAGGCCAGGUAGGCCUACUUCUAUGCAUGCUCAGGUGUGCGCUCUCCCUCAACGUUAUGGCGCCAGAGAAGAUGGCUGCUGUUUUACAGCCCUCUAACCAUUUGUAGUAUUAUGUGUGUUUUUUCGCGUUAUUUGAAAUGUAUUCUGUACAUAAUGUUUCUGCCAUCGUCUCUUAUGACCAAAAAUAGCUUCUGGAUCUCAGGACAGCGAUUACUCACCUCAUUUGGACAAAGAUUUGUUCUUAAACGAGUCGGACCGAAGGAUAUUCUACAGACACCUGACAAGGCCCAAAUCCCCGUCAUUCACAUGAGAAAGAGACAGAGUGUGGCGGGUGCUUUGGACGGAGUCAGGCACAGGAGGUGUAAAUCACAGAAUAAUGGUUUAUUCGGCCAAUACAGCGGUUCGCAGCAAUGCGUAAAACAACUACAGUGCGACUUAAUGGCGCACCGGGGAAAACAAAACACAUGGGUGAAUAUCCCGGAAACAAAGUACAUAAUGCUCCACCGAGCUAUCGACACCUCCACAUGGAAACAAUCACACACAAAGACAUGGGGGGCAGAGGGAAUACUUAUACAGGGACUGAUGAGGGGAUAUGAACCAGGUGUGUGUAAAAAAACAAAACAAAACAAAUGGAAUGAUGAGAAGAGGAGCGGCAGUGGCUGGAAGGCCGGUGACGACGAACGCUGAAGCCUGCCGGAACAAGGAGGCAGCUUUGGAGGAAGUCGUGACAGUACCCCCCCCCCCCCCCCCCCCUUAACGUGCAGCACCAGCAGCGUGCCGACACCGACCUCGGGGACGGCCAGGAGGACGCGGAGCAGGGCGAGCCGGAUGGCGACGGUGGAAAUCCCACAACAGGGAGGGAUCGAGGAAAUCCUUCACCGGGACCCAGCACCGCUCCUCCGGACCGUACCCCUCCCACUCCACGAGGUACUGAAGGCUCCCCACCCGACACCUCGAAUCCAGGGUGGAACGGACGCCGGGGCCCCCUCGAUGUCCAGAAGGGGCGGAAGGACCUCCCUCACCUCAGACUCCUGGAGCGGACCAGCCACCACCAGCCUAAGGAGAGAUACAUGAAACGAGGGGUUAAUACGAUAAUCAGGAGGGAGCAGCAACCAAUACGUAACCUCGUUAAUUCUCCUCAGGACUUUGAACGGCCCCACAAACCGCGGGCUCAGCUUCCGGUAGGGCAGGACGGAGGGGCAGGUUCCGGGUCGAGAGCCAGAUCCAAUCACCCGGUACAAAGACCGGGGCCUCACUGUGGUGGCAGUCAGCAUUGGCUUUCUGGCAACGCACGGCGCACUGGAGGUGGACGUGGGCGGCUUUCCACAUCUCCUCCAUGCGCUGAAACCAGUCGUCCAUCACAGGAGCUUCGGUCUGGCUCUGAUGCCACGGUGCCAGGACCGGAUGAUACCCUAAAACACAUUGAAAUGGUGAUAGGUUGGUGGAGGAGUGGCGGAGAGAGUUCUAGGCAUAUUCGGCCCAUGGCAAGAACACCGACGGUCCUGGCAGUAGGACCGCAGGAACCUACCCACAUCCUGAUUCACCCGUUCCACCUGCCCAUUAGAUUCGGGGUGAAACCCAGGCUGACCGAGACACCCAGACAUUGCAUGAACGCCUUCCAGACCCUAGGCGUAAACUGGGGACCACGGUCAGACACUAUGUCCUUUGGCACCCCGUAGUGCCGGAAGACGUGAGUAAACAGGUCUUCCGCAGUUUGCAGGGCCGUGGGGAGACCGGGCAGAGGAAGGAGGCGGCAGGCUUUAGAGAAGGGGUCCACAACGACCAGGAUGGUGGUGUUACCUGAGAGAGGGGAAGAUCAGUUAGAAAGUCAAUCGAUAAGUGGGACCAUGGCCAUUGUGGAACUGGUAAGGGAUGUAACUUACCCACUGGAAGGUGCCUAGAUGCCUUUCUCUGGGCGCACACCGAGCAGGAGGAGACAUACACCCUCAUGUCCUUAGCCAAGGUAGGCCACCAGUACUUCCCGGUCAGGCAGCGCACUGUACGGCCGAUGCCUGGGUGACCAGAGGAGGGGGAAGUGUGUGCCCAAUAGAUAAGACAAUCACGGACACUAGACGGCAUGUACCGCAGCCCAGCUGGGCACUGAGGUGGAGAUGGCUCUGUGCGUAAUGCCCGCUCUAUGUCCGCGUCCACCGCCCACACCACCGGCACCACAAUGCAGGAGGCCGGGAGUAUGGGGGUGUUGUCUAUGGGUCUCUCCUCUGUGUCGUACAGCCAUGACAGUGCGUCUGCCUUCACGUUCUUAGUGCCUGGUAUAUAGGACAGCGUGAAAUCAAACUGGCUGAAGAACAAGGCCCAACUGGCCUGGCGAGGGUUCAGCCUCCUCGCUGCCCGGAUGUACUCCAGGUUACGGUGGUCAGUCCAGACGAGGAAAGGGUGUUUCGCCCCCUCAACCCAGUGCCUCCACGCUGUCAGGGCUCUGACAACAGCCAACAGCUCCCGAUCACCAACAUCAUAGUUCUGCUCCGCCGGGCUGAGCUUCUUAGAGAAGAAGGCACAGGGGCGGAGCUUGGGUGGCGUGCCCGAGCAUUGGGAUAGGACAGUGCCUACCCCUACCUUGGACGCAUCCACCUCCACCAUGAAGGGCAAUGAUGGAUCGGGAUGGGCAGGUACCGGGGCUAAGGUGAACAGAGCCCUCAGGUUACUGAAAGCCCUGUCAGCCUUAGCAUACCAGCGGAGCCGGGAUGGCCCACCCUUCAACAGAGAGGUGAUGGGAGCUGCAACCUUGCCAAAGCCCCGGAUAUACCUCCGAUAGUAAUUGGCAAAGCCAAGGAAGCGCUGCACCUCCUUUACCGUGGUUGAAGUCUGCCAAUUACACACGGCUGAAAUGCGGUAUCCCACCAUCUCUACACCUGAGUUGGUGAUGUGGUAUUCGAGGAAUGAGACGGAUUGUUGGAAGAACAGACACUUUUCUGCCUUGGCAUACAGGUCAUGCUCCAACAGUCGGCCCAGCAUUCUGCGAACCAGGGACACAUGCUCGGCGCGAGUAGCGGAAUACACCAGGAUGUCAUCGAUGUAGACCACCACACCGCGACCAAGCAUGUCCUGAAACACCUCGUUCACAAAGGACUGGAGCAUUCAUCAACCUGUACGGCAUCACCAGGUAUUCAUAAUGCUCCGUGGUUGUGCUAAAUGCUGUCUUCCACUCGUCCCCUUCCCGGACACGCACCAGGUUGUACGCACUCCCGAGAUCUAAUUUCGUGAAGAAGCGCGCCCCAUGCAUUGAUUCGAUCACAGAGGAAAUGAGGGGUAGAGGAUAACUAUAGCGAAUGGUCGUUUUAUUAAGUGCACGGUAAUCAAUGCAAGGGCGCAGACCCCCGUCUUUCUUCUUCACGAAAAAUAAACUUGAGGAGGCGGGUGAAGUCGAAGGACGUAUGAACCCCUGACGCAGGGACUCGGAGACAUAUGUUUCCAUAGCCUCCGUUUCCGCCUGCGACGGGAUAUACAUGACUCCUGGGCGGCACAGCGUCUAACCGGAGGUUUAUCGCGCAAUCCCCCGCCCGAUGGGGUGGUAAUUUGGUCGCCUGAGUUUUGGAAAACGUGUGCGCCAAAUCAAGGUAUUCGGGGGGAAUGCGCACGGUGGAGGUAUUGUCUGGACUUUCCACCGUGGUCGCACCAACAGAAAGAGCUAGACACCUACCCUGACAAUCACGAUCACCCCGUGAGAGCCCUCUGUGGCCAUGAAAAGGUGGGGUCGUGUAGUGCUAGCCAGGGAAGCCCCAUCACAACAGGGAAAUCAGGGGACUGAAUAAUGUGAAACGUGAUUUGCUCAUUAUGGGUCUCCUGCGUAAUCAUAGUGACUGGUGCUACAACCCCCCUAACAAAACCUGACCCUAAUGGUCGAUUGUCAAGUGCUUUGAUGGGUAAUGGAACAGACAGGCGAACCAAUGGAAUACAUAGACUAAGAGCUAAAGACCUGUCCAUAAAGUUCCCAGCUGCGCCUGAAUCUACCAGCGCCUUACAUUGGGGAACUACUGUGUAAUCAGGGAAGUUGACGUGGAUGGUGAAAUGCGCAGCAGAGGGCUCUGAAUGAGUGUGGGUUUGCGCUACCUGGGGUGACGCGAGAGUGCCCUACCUGCCGCCUCCAGAACCAGAAGAACUGUGACGACAUCGUGCAGCAGAAUGUCCUCUCUUGCCACAAGAGUGACACUGGAGCUGUCUUGAGUGGUCCUCGUCCCCUGCCUCAGAUGGACCAGACGCUCGCCCGCCUCUCUUCCUUCGGGGGGAUGAUCGAAGACUGCCCGGAAGAGGUGAGCAAACUCUCUGUAGUUGUCCAACGCGUCUCCUCCUUCACUCCAGACCGUGUUGGCCCACUCCAGGGCUUACCCCGAGAGGCAGGAGACGAGGGCGGACACCUUCUCCCGAUCCGAUGGAGCAGGGCUGAUGGUGUUGAAAUAGAGGUCCAGCUGCAGGAGGAAACCCUGGCAGCGGGCCGCUGUCCCAUCGUAUUCCCUCGGUCGGGACAGUUGAAUACCUCUGGGUGCUGGUGUGUGGGUGGCUGGAUCCGGUCGCUCAGCUGGUUCCGCAGGGUCGGGUCCUCUCCUCUCCAGGCGCUGGACGGCCUGGAGAACCUGAUCCAUCGCUUCGCCCAAGCUGGCUUACAUGUUGGAAUGCUCCCGGACCCGCUCAACGACUCCAGGCAUAUUCCCCGCUCCUGCUGACUCCAUGCUGUUCGGGUGUGUGAUUCUGUGGCGGGUGAUUUGGACGGAGUCAGGCGCAGGAGGUGUAAACCUGUGCCCCCGCACAUUGACUCUGUACCGGUACCCCCUGUAUGUAGCCUCCCUAAUGUUAUUUUAUUUUACUGCUGCUCUUUAAUUAUUUGCUAUUUUUAUUUUUUACUUAUCUAUUUUUUACUUAACACUUUUUUUGUCUUUCUUAAAACUGCAUUGUUGGUUAAGGCUUGUAAGUAAGCAUUUCACUCUAAGGUCUACACCUGUUGUAUUCGGCGCAUGUGGCAAAUAAAAUUUGAUUUGAUUUGAUGUUUCACUAUAUUUGAUCACUCCAAUAUAUUGGUAUCACUCCGUGGUGGAGGGAUACAUCCGAGGUGAGGAUUUACAGAUUUACUCCCGUGUACACCUGUGUCACGGCUGGGGUGCGCCCCUAUUUAUAGACCCCAUGGCCGCGACACACGUUCUCCUUCAUUUUCAUGGUUUGAGGUACAAACUUUCUGAAGUUCGCUUGGUAAGUCACUGUUAAGUGUAAUAUCUUGCAUGGAAGUAUACUCACUGGCUGUUUGCAGCCUGGAGCAGCUGGCCACAUGGCCAGCCCCUCCUCUUGAGUGCUCCACUCGCUGCGCUCUGCAUCUUCCGGCAGUUGUUUGUCGUACUUGUGUUUGGUUAGCGUGUGCAUCCAUUAGUAUGGUGGUUCUUGCUGCACAAACUGUAAUUUACCUUACACAACUUGCCGACUGGUCUAUGUGUGUGUUGUGAAUUGCUUUAACAUGCUGCUCCUUCUCUGCUAAUUACCCUGCAGGGUUUUUUUCUUGUUCUUUCCCCUGCAGAGUGUAAGAGUAUCGUGGUGGGCUUUCCACUACUUUGAGACAUUAACUUUGGAGUUACUUAACGGAGUUACUCCAUCAUAUGGUGCUGUAUUUGCUGCUUGGAUAUUAAACCGGCUAGGUAAUAUUGUAGUUGGCUUAAAACAAAAACAAAUAAAUCAAAUCCAUUACCUGGUUGCAGUUUUUUUGUCUGCCUGUUUUUCCCACACAGGUCUUCCCCAGGUUUUUGCAGAGGUACUGGGUAAUAUAUCCCUCACCGGGUUCCUAUUCCUCCAAGUGGGUCAUGACAUAAGCUCUCCCAGGGCGCCGGACCCCUGCUCCAUGGCCUUGUUGGCUUGGCUGAGCUUGUGGUUUCCCUUUGUGACAGGUGUGAUGGUGGAUAUCCCCCCUGGUGAUCCACAUUCCUUGUGUAUGCACUGCCUGGCUUUGAGCCACGCGGAGAGGGUGGUGGAGCACCCUACUGGAUGCCUGUUUUGUGUGGUGUUCUCAGAACGCCUGCGCCUGGCGCGAUUGGAGGCCAUGCACAAAUUGGUCGGCCGGGCUCAGGCUGGGGACGAGCUCCUUCCCUCAGGAGUGGUGCGCCAGCGAGCUGUUAGUCCCUCUACUGGGCCCAGUACCCCUCCCAGGAAGCGUGGCCGGAGCCACCGCAGGCAGAGCCAAUCUGCUGCCAGGUCUGGACGGGGGCAGGAGUCGGACCGCUGGACCACCUGA